AUGACGGAUCGGAACGCGAGCGCGUCGGCGUCGGCCGACACCAUCAGUGCUUCGAGCUGCAGCUGGAAGACGACGACGGCCCAGGACGGUGACUGCUUCCUGGAGCCGCGGACUUGCAGUGAGUGUCUAGCGGAUACCCCCACCACCGGAGAGACCUGCGUGCUGACUGACCAGGGCAUUUGCUUAGGCUUGAAGGAAUAUGAAGAAACGUUGUCAAGUGCUGGGGGCACCUACUACGUGGCGGGGAACGAGACGUACUGCACUGCCAGCAACGGAUCUUCAUCGUCUUCCAGCACAACCGACUGCGUCCUGCUUGACAGCUGCGAGUCUUCGUCGUGGCUUAGCUACGCGCGGAAACGUCUGCCUCUGAUCAUCCUCGCUGUCGGCGGAGGCACACCCGAAGGCUGCAGCUUCGCGACAGACACCGUCAACGCUAUUACCGGUGCUGAGUCAGAGUCCAAUGAUUCUAGCUCUGGUUCGCCGGCCGCCUCAAGCAGCAAGGACACCCUUGCCAGCGAAGACAAGUGCACAUGGUACCAGAACACGACGCUGUGCAGCACACCGCGGACCUGCUACGACUGCCUCAACACGGUGGCAGACAGUGGCGACGCGUGCACGAUCACGCCCGACGGAUACUGCGCCACACUGGCGACGAGCUACAACUACAAGCUGGACUUCCGCAGCCCAAGCAGCAGCGGGGCCGCCAACGGGUACUUCUACCCGUCCACCAACACGACAUACUGCGAGCCCAGUGACCGAGCGUGCACAAACUGCGGCCUCUCUAGUGCUACCAGCAACUCGGCGUCCUACUGCGUCGGCUCGGACGGCUGCAUCUGCGUGGCGUUCUGCCAGUCUGCGAGCUGGCAAGCGACUGUGCUGGCCGACAAGUGCGCGGCUUCGACGUCCUCGACUUCCUCGAACCUCUACGGCUCCGAGUUGCCGUGGAAAACCUUCUGCGUCUGCCUCAGUCUGGCGGUGGCGGUGGUGCUGGGCGUGAUUCUCGGCGUCUGGCGCGUGCGGCGGGCGGUUUUAGCCCGGAGGAGGGAGUCCAUGCGCUGUCGACGGUCCGAGACGCGGCGCUCGACGCUGGAGCUGGAGCUGCCGGCCUGGAAGGCGCUGCGCGAGGAGCUCAUAGACAGCAAGGUGGACCCUGUGGGCGAAGGCCGCGGCCGCCUCCGACCAAUGGCAAGUUGA